UCGGCCUUAUACCCAGCGUCGUCGGGCCCCCGGGCCGGGGCGGCAGGGAAGGCGCCGUAGCCUCCCCGCGGCGCCCGCGCGCCGGUGCGCGCAUCCCCCACCCUCCCCGGCGGCCGCGGCGCCCUCGGGGCCCACGAUGAUGGCGGAGCAGGUGAAAUGCGCCUCGGCGGGGGGCGGCUCCGGAGCGGGCUCCGGGCCGGUGGUGAACGCGGAGCUGGAGGUGAAGAAGCUGCAGGAGCUGGUGCGCAAGCUGGAGAAGCAGAACGAGCAGCUGCGGAGCCGGGCGGCCAGCGCGGCCGCCGCCCCGCACCUGCUGCUGCUGCCGCCGCCGCCGCCGCCCGCCGCGCCUCCCCCCGCCGGGGCCUGCAGCCCGCUGGCUCCGCGGAGCCCCCCGGCCGCCGCCGCCGCCGCCUCGGGGGGACUGGGGCUGGGGCUGGCGUUGGGCGCGGGGGGCGGCGGCGGCGGUCCCUCCAGCCCCGGCUCCAGCCCCGCGUUCCCGGGGACCUACUGCCUGCCCAGCCCGGCGCCCUCCCUGCUUUGCAGCCUGGCGCAGCCCCCCGAGGCGCCGUUCGUCUACUUCAAGCCGGCGGCGGGCUUCUUGGGCGCGGGCGGCCCGGAGCCGGGGGGCGCGGGGACACCUCCGGGGGCCGCCGCCGCGCCGCCCUCGCCGCCCCCCACGCUGCUGGAAGAGGUGGAGCCGCUGGACCUGGAGAGCGUGGCCGCCUGGCGGGACGAGGACGACUGCACCUGGUUAUACGUUGGCUCUUCAAAGACAUUCCCGUCAUCAGAGAAAUCCCUGAGCCCUUUGCAGUGGUGUAGACAUGUCCUAGAUAAUCCGACUCCGGAGAUGGAAGCAGCAAGGCGUUCCCUGUGCUUUAGACUGGAGCAAGCUAGCCGAUGGCGGAGUCUCUUCCCUUCAAAUGUCUCACUGGCUUUUCCUUAUAGUCCUGUGGCAAGACUCAGCCCUUAUAGCAAUGGCAUUAAUACUCCCAGCUUCUCUAAAACCUCAAAUAAAGCAAUACUAACACCUGAAAGAACAGGUUACACAUCCAGGGGCUCUCCUCUCAGUCCCCAGUCAUCCAUAGACAGUGAGCUGAGUACUUCAGAACUGGAGGAUGAUUCUAUCUCCAUGGGAUAUAAGUUGCAGGACCUCACUGAUGUUCAGAUCAUGGCUCGUCUGCAAGAAGAAAGUCUCAGGCAAGAUUACGCUUCUACUUCCGCAUCUGUGUCGAGACACAGUUCCAGUGUGUCGCUGAAUUCAGGAAAAAAAGGGACAUGUAGUGAUCAGGAAUAUGAUCGCUUCAGCCUGGAGGACGAGGAGGAAUUCGAUCACCUGCCACCACCUCAGCCUCGUCUUCCAAGAUGUUCACCUUUCCAAAGAGGAAUUCCCCAUUCACAGACUUUCUCCAGCAUUCGGGAUUGUAGGAGGAGCCCCAGUUCCCAGUAUUUUCCUUCGAAUACUUACCAGCAGCAACAGUAUUAUCCACCUCAAGCCCAAACUCCAGAUCAGCAACCAAAUAGGACCAGCGGAGAUAAGCUCCGCAGAAGUAUGCCUAACCUAGCUCGGAUGCCAAGUACAACCACUGCUAGUAGCAAUGGUAGUUCUCCAGUCACCGUGCGGAAUAGUCAGAGUUUUGACUCAAGCUUGCAUGGAGCUGCAAAUGGAAUUUCAAGAAUACAGUCUUGUAUUCCGUCACCAGGGCAGCUUCAACACAGAAUCCACAGCGUGGGACAUUUCCCAGUGUCUGUCCGGCAGCCUCUUAAAGCCACAGCCUAUGUGAGUCCAACUGUUCAAGGCAGCAGUAACAUGCCUUUAUCCAACGGCUUACAGUUAUACUCCAACACGGGGAUCCCCACCCCCAACAAAGCUGCAGCUUCUGGAAUAAUGGGCCGCAGCGCACUUCCAAGACCUUCACUGGCAAUAAAUGGGAGUAACUUGCCUCGCAGCAAAAUUGCACAGCCUGUCAGAAGUUUCCUUCAGCCUCCAAAGCCUCUGUCUUCACUCAGCACUCUGAGGGAUGGAAACUGGAGAGAUGGUUGCUACUGAUGCAGUUUUAUGUACCCUUGAAGAGUGGGAAAGAAGCGGAAAUGAGGGUCGUGUUACCUAGCUGGCUGGGUAACAGCGGAUGUCGGGAUAUUCUUUCCCUCCUGCAUUUUAACAUAUUUACUGCAUUGUUUUUCAGCGGACCAAUCACCAGAGACUAAUUAUUGCACUUAAAUAUUUGCCUGAGAUACUGCAGCGUUCACAAAUACGCGGCUGUAGUAUUGUGACACUUAGAGCUAGGAAGUUUUUUUUAGAACUGAUAUGUACCUGAAUCCUUUUUGAGAGAAUUGAGAUGUGUCUAUAAUGCUUUCUUUGCCAUCUGAGUUUUUUUUUUAAAAGUAACUUGUUCAUUUUACUUACAUGUUCUAAACAUCUUCCCAUUACAUGUUCUGUAUUUUAAUACAUUGCAUAUUUACAACUAGGUUCUAUAACGUAUGCUUUGAAAUUUACUUUUUUAUAGUUUACAGGAAUUUUAUUUUUUGUGCCUAUUUCUUUUUACACCUAUGUGAACCACUAUGGAACAACUUAAAUUUUGUGCCAUAAAAAUAUUUUUGUGGUAAGGUACUAUUUUUUUAGCUCUAGGGAUAAAUCAGCAAAAAUCCAUCAUACAAUUUGAGAGACAUAAUUUUAUGUUGAAUGAGCACAAUGUAAUCUGAAGCAUUGAGCACUGAGACAGCCAGACAGCAGUGAAAUGGUCUUGUUGUUUUCGUUGUUAAUUUAUUGUCAUACCUGGGUUUCAUAUUUAUAAUGGCAUCAUGAGCUCAUUGCAUUUAAUACCUGCAAUGUUUGCUACUGUACCACAAUUGAUUUUCAAUACUUUUACAGAGGAUAAAACUGUAACAUUUUAUUAACAAAUGCUUCUGGAAAUGAAGGCAUUUUAAAGCAAAUAAAUCUUUUUGAUAUAGACCUUUUACAAAA